AUAAAAUGAAAAUUUACAGCGGAUAGUUUCCGUCUUGACAUGUUCGUUCUUCUUCUUACAACAACAACAUACCGACACAGUAAAGUUGAUGACCACACUGCCACAUAUCUUUCUCUUCUCAUUUAUUCUUCUUUAUCUCUUUCGUUAACUUCACUUCACGUUCCUUUCAUCGAUCCAUGUCUUCUCCGAAAGCAUCAGAAUUAGAAAUAGAUCAGAAGGCGGGUGAAUUUAUCGCUAAGUUUAAGAGAAAUUUGCGGCAACAGAGGACAUUAUUUCGUCGACAUGAAGUGUUCUUAAGUUUCCGAGGAGAAGAUACUCGCGCUUCCUUCACUUCACAUCUCUACGCUUCUCUUCGAAAUGAAGGAAUCAAUGUUUUCAUGGAUGAUGAUUCACUUCAAAGAGGAGAUCGCAUUUCAGAAUCUUUAAAUCAAGCAAUCGAACAAUCUCAAAUUGCUGUGAUUGUUUUUUCAAGAAAUUAUGGGGAUUCCAGAUGGUGUCUAGAUGAGUUGGUGAAGAUAAUGGAUUGUCAAAGAACCAUAGGGCAGCUGGUUUUGCCGGUGUUCUAUGAUGUAGAUCCAUCUGAGCUACGUCAUCAAACAGGUGAGUUUGGAAAAGCGUUUCAAAGUCUCUUCAAUAGGAUUUCAAAGCAGGAAGAAGAUAAGUUGCGGAUAUGGAGAGAUGCUCUUUGCGAGGCUGCUGCCCUUGCUGGCUUUGUAGUUCUAAAUUCCAGGAAUGAAAGGGAGGCUAUCAAUCGUAUUGUUGAAAAAGUUAGUCUUUUGCUUGACAAGACUGACUUAUUUGUUGCUGAUAAUCCAGUGGGAGUUGAAUCUCGAGUGCAAGAUAUGAUUCAACUUCUAAAUAUCAAACAAUCAAAUGAUGUUCUACUACUAGGAAUUUGGGGCAUGGGGGGAACCGGUAAAACAACCAAUGCAAAAGCCAUUUACAACAGAAUUCGUCGCAAUUUCAAAGGUAGUAGUUUCCUUGCAAAUAUUAGGGAAACGUGGGAGCAAACUGCUGGAAGAGUAUCUUUACAAGAACAACUUAUGUUUGAUAUCUUGAAAGAAACAACAACCAAGAUACAAAGCAUUGAGUCUGGGAAAAAUACAUUAAAGGACAAGCUCUGCAACAAAAAAGUACUUCUCAUACUUGAUGAUGUCAAUAGUUUGGACCAAUUAAAUGCUUUGUGUGGAAGUCGUGAAUGGUUUGGUUCGGGGAGUAGAAUAAUAAUCACAACCAGAGAUAAAAAUAUACUUAGAGGGAACAGAGUUGACAAAGUAUACAUAAUGAAAAAUAUGGAUGGAAGGGAAUCAAUUGAGCUUUUAAGUUGGCAUGCAUUCAAGCAAGCGAGUCCUAAAAAAGAUUUUGUUGGAAUUUCCAAAAAUAUAGUUGAGUACUCUGGGGGAUUGCCACUAGCUUUAGAAGUCCUUGGUUCCUAUUUGUUUGAAAGGGGAAUACAAGAUUGGAAGUGUGUAUUGGAAAAAAUCAAAAUAAUUCCCAAUGAUCAAGUACAACAAAAGUUAAAAAUAAGCUAUGAUGGUUUAAACGACGAUACUGAGAAAGAAAUAUUCCUUGACAUAGCUUGUUUUUUUAUUGGGAUGGACAGAAAUGAUGUUAUACAAAUAUUAAAUGGUUGUGGACUUUUUGCAGAAAUUGGAAUAAGUGUCCUUGUCGAGCGAAGCCUUGUAACUGUCAAUGAUAUGAACACACUUGGUAUGCAUGAUUUGUUACGAGAUAUGGGAAGAGAAAUCGUUCGUGAAAAAUCGCCGAAGGAGCCUGAGGAGCGUAGCAGAUUAUGGUUUAAAGAAGAUGUGCAUAGUGUUUUAUCUGAACAAACCGGAACAAAAGCAGUUGAGGGACUAACUUUGAAGUUGCCAAUAGCUAGUUCAAAAUGUUUUAGUACUAAAGCAUUUAAGAAGAUGAAGAGACUCAGAUUACUUCAACUUGCUGGAGUACAACUUGAUGGAGAUUUUGAAUAUAUUUCAAGAAAUCUAAGAUGGCUGUCUUGGAAUGGAUUUCCUUUAAAAAGCAUACCUUUAAACUUAUAUCAAGGAAAUUUAGUUUCCAUUGAAUUGGAAAACAGCAAUGUCAGAGUUCUGUGGAGAGAGACCCAAAGGUUGGAGAUGCUGAAAAUCCUAAACCUUAGUCAUUCUCAAUAUCUGACACAGACUCCAGACUUCUCAGAUUUGCCUAAUCUUGAAAAGCUGGUACUCACAGAUUGUCCAAGGCUGUCUGAGAUUUCCAAUAGUAUUGGAGAUCUCAAAAAAAUUCUUUUGAUCAAUUUGGAAGACUGUAUUAGCCUUCGUAGCCUUCCGAGAAGCAUCUAUAAGUUGAAAUCUUUGAAAACUCUCAAUAUUUCCGGGUGUUUAAUGAUUGACAAGUUAGAAGAUGACUUGGAACAGAUGGACUCCUUAACCAACCUGAUUGCAAAUAACACUGCAAUAAUAAAAGUGCCAUUUUCAGUAGUAAGGUCAAAAAGCAUCGGAUAUAUUUCUCUGUGCGGUUAUGAAGGAUUCUCACGUGAUGUGUUUCCAUCUAUCAUUUGGUCUUGGAUGUCACCAACAAAUAAUCUCCCAUCCCAUUUUCAGACAUCUACCAAGUCAUCUCGUGUUCCUUUAGAUAUACCACAUAGUAGUUCCCACGAACUAUCAUCAAUCUCCAAGUACCUUCCAAGUCUUCGAAGUCUUUGGGUGGAGUGUAGCUCAGAACUUCAACUUUCUCACGAUGCAACAAUAAUUUUGGAUGCCUUAUAUGCCACAUAUUCUGCAGAAUUGGAACCAAUUGCAACUACUUCACAAGUAUCAAGAAAUUCCUUGAAGUCUCUAUUCAUUCAAAUGGGAAUGAACUGUCAAGUGGCUAAUAUUCUAAAAGAGAAAAUUUUACAGAAUAUGACAGUCAACGAGAGUGGUGGUGGUUGUGUGCUCCCCGGUGAUAGUUAUCCAGAUUGGUUAAGCUUCGAUUGUGAAGGUUCUUCUGUAAUUUUUGAGGUCCCUCAAGUGGAAGGACAUAAACUAAAGUCAUUGAUGUGCAUUACCUGUUCCUCAACUCCUUUUAACAUAACAUCAGAUGGUCUUAAAAAUGUGUUGGUGAAAAAUUACACAAAGGCCACCAUUCAGCUCUAUAAGAAAGAGACAUUAGCUUCCUUUGAAGACGAGGAGGGACAAAGAGUAGUAUCAAGUAUAGAACCCGGAAACAAAGUGGAGAUUAUUGUUGUUUUUGGAAAUGGCUUCGUUGUGAAGAAAACAACAGUUUAUCUCAUAUAUGAUGAACUGAUUGGAGAAAAAAUGGAACAAUGUGAAGUACUAGAAGAAAAUGCUAUUUUUAGUGAUGGUGAUGAAAAUGAAUGCAGUGUAAGAAGGUGCUCACCACAAGUGGAACUCAUGGAUGAAGAAAUGGAGAAAUGUCAACAAGGAGUGAAAAAUGAUAUUGUGUUUAGUGGUGAUGAUAAGGAAGGCAUUGUCAGGAUAAGCUCUCCGCAAGUUGAACUUGUGGAUGAAAAUGAUGGCGCUGAUAGCUGUUGUGGAUUGAUCAAAUACAGUUUCAGACAGUGGAUUACAGAUUUUAUGUGCAGAUUGGUCGAAUGCAGAUUCAUUUUCAUCUUAUCCAUAUCCAUGUCUUCCUCUUAUCCCAUACCAUCAACGAAUUCAGCAGAAGCAUUAUAUUCAUCAUCAACACAAGGAAAACCAUAUGAAGAAGUGUUCUUAAGCUUCAGAGGAGAAGAUACUCGUGCUACCUUCACUUCACAUCUCUACGAAGCUCUUCGACGCGCUGGAAUAACCGUUUUUAGAGACGAUGAUUCACUUCAAAGAGGAGAUAAAAUUUCAACAUCAAUAAAUCGAGCAAUCGAAGAAUCUAGAAUUUCAAUCAUUAUUUUCUCAAGAAAUUACGCAGAUUCGCGAUGGUGUUUGGAUGAAUUGGAUAGAAUAAUGAAAAGUCAUAGAACUACAGGGAAAGCGGUUUUACCGGUGUUCUUUGACGUUGAUCCGUCGGAAGUACGUCAUCAAAAAGGUGCGUUUGGAAAAGCUUUUCAGAAUCUGUUGAAGAAAAUGUCGAAAGAGGUUGAAGAGGUGUCAAAUUCGAAUUUGAAGUUUGAUUGGGGAAAAUCACGUCAUGAGAAUUCGAGAUUUCAGGCUGAUUGGGGAAAUUCGGUUCGUGAGAUUAUGGAGCCAAGGUGGAGAGAAGCGCUUCGUGAGGCGGCUGGCCUUGCAGGCUUCCUAAUCCUAAAUUCCCGGAAUGAAAGUGAGGCUAUCAAACGUAUUGUUGAAAAUGUGAUACGUUUGCUUGAUAAAACAGAUUUGUUUAUUGCUAAUAAUCCAGUGGGAGUUGAAUCUCGUGUAGAAGAAAUGAUUCAAUUGCUAAACCAAGAUAUUGAACAAUCAAAUGAUGUUCUACUUCUAGGAAUGUGGGGUAUGGGAGGGGUUGGUAAAACAACCAUUGCGAAAGCCAUUUACAAUAAAAUUGGCCGCAAUUUUGAAGGUAGGAGCUUCCUUGCAAAUAUAAGGGAAGUUUGGGAGCAAAAUGUUGGAAAAGUGGAUUUACAAGAACAACUUCUCUUUGAUAUCAGUAAAGAAAUGACAACUAAGAUAAAAAACAUUGAGUCAGGAAAAAAUAUAUUAAUGGAUAGACUCUGCCAUAAAAGAGUACUAAUUGUACUUGACGAUGUCAAUACAUUGGACCAACUAAAUGCAUUGUGCGGAAGUCAUAAAUGGUUUGGUUUGGGCAGUAGAAUAAUCAUUACAACACGUGAUAGACAUAUACUUUGUGGGAAUAGGGUUAAUCAGGUUUUCAAAAUGAAACACAUGGACGAAAGUGAAUCAAUUGAGCUGUUUAGUUGGCAUGCAUUCAAGCAAGUGAGUCCAACAAAAGAUUUCAUUGAAAUUUCUAGAAAUGUAGUUGAGUAUUCUGGGGGAUUGCCACUAGCUUUGGAAGUCCUUGGGUCAUAUCUGUGUGAUAGGGAGUUAAUAGAAUGGAAAAGUGUAUUGGACAAACUCAAAAGAAUUCCAAAUGAUCAAGUACAGAAGAAGUUAAAAAUAAGCUAUGAUGCCUUGAGUGAUAAUACCGAGAAAGAAAUAUUCCUUGACAUAGCUUGUUUCUUUAUUGGAAUGGACCGAAAUGAUGUUACACUUAUAUUAAAUGGAUGUGGUCUUUUUGCAGAAAUUGGAAUAAGUAUCCUUGUUGAGCGAAGCCUUGUAACUGUUGAUGAUAAGAACAAACUUAGAAUGCAUGAUUUGUUGCGAGAUAUGGGUAGAGAAAUCAUUCGUGAGAAAUCACCAGAGGACCUUGAGGAGCGUUGCAGGUUGUGGUUUCAUGAGGAUGCCCUUCAUGUAUUAUCAGAACAAUCUGGGACAAAAGCUAUUAAGGGGAUGUCUUUGAAGUUGCCAAGAGCUAAUGCAAAAUGUUUUAGUUCUAAAGCAUUCAAGAAGAUGAAGAGACUCAGACUGCUUCAACUUUCUGGGGUAAACCUUGAUGGGGAUUUUGAAUAUCUUUCGAGAAAUCUAAGAUGGCUGUCUUGGAAUGGAUUUUCUUUAACAUAUAUACCUGCAAACCUUUAUAGAGAAAAAUUAGUUUCCAUCGAGUUAGAGAAUAGCAAUGUCAAACUUGUGUGGAAAGAGGCCCAGAGGAUGGAAAUGCUGAAAAUUCUAAAUCUUAGUCAUUCUCAUUGUCUCACGCACACGCCGGACUUUUCAUACUUGCCUAAUCUUGAAAAGCUAGUACUCAAAGAUUGUCCAAUGUUGUCUGAAGUUUCUCAUAGCAUCGGAGAUCUCAGUGAAAUUCUUCUAAUAGAUUUGGAAGAUUGUGUUAGCCUUCGUAGCCUUCCAAGAAGCUUAUAUAAGUUGAAAUCUUUGAAAACUCUCAUUCUUUCUGGGUGUUUAAUGAUUGACAAGUUGGAAGAGGACUUUGAACAAAUGGAAUCUUUAACCACUCUGCUUGCACAUAACACUGCAAUAAAAAAAGUACCCUUUUCGGUAGUAAGGUCAAAAAGCAUUGGAUAUAUCUCUUUGUGCGGCUAUGAAGGAUUUUCACGUGAUGUCUUUCCAUCUAUCAUUUUGUCUUGGAUGUCACCAACAAAUAAUCUCACAUCUCAAUUCCAAACAUCUGCUGCCAUGUCAUCUCUUGUUUCUGUAGAUGUACCAAGUAGUAGUUCACAUGAACUAUCAUCUUUUUUGAACCAACUUCCAAGGCUUCGAAGUCUUUUGGUGGAGUGCAACUCUGAAGAUCAACUUUUUCUUGAUGCAAAAAUGAUUUUGGAUGCUUUAUAUGCUACAAAUUCUAAGGAAUUGGUAUCAACUACAUCACAUUUAACUACUUCUACAUUAAUCCAAUGUUGCAAUGAAGUGCACGUUCAAGGAUCAAAACAUUCCUUCAAGUCUCUUUUAAUUAAAAUGGGAAUGAAUUGCCAAGUCACCGAUAUUGUGAAAGAGAUAAUAUUACAGAAUAUGAAUAUCGAUGGGAGUGGUGAUUGUUUCCUCCCCAGUGAUAGUUAUCCAAAUUGGUUAACCUUUAAUUCUGAAGGUUCUUCUGUUACUUUUCGAGUCCCUCAUGUGGAAGGGCGUGACUUGAAGACAAUGCUGUGCAUUGUCUAUACUUCAACCCUGGAUAACAUAACAUCAGAUGGCCUUAAAAACGUAUUGGUGAAAAAUUACACAAAGGCUACCAUUCAGCUUUAUAAGAGAGAGGCAUUAAUCUCCUUUGAAGAUGAGGAAGGGCAAAGAGUAGUAUCAAGUAUCGAACCCGGUGACAAAGUGGAGGUUGUGGUUGUUUUUGAGAAUAGUUUUAAUGUGAAGAAGACAACAGUUUAUCUCGUAUAUGAUGAACCAGAUUUGAAUGCCAUCGCUUGUUGUAAUGAUGAAAAUGAACACUCUGCAAAGAGAUUCUCUACCGAAAACAUGCCCACUGAUGACUUCAACCAGAACAGAAAGAAGAAAAAUCGAGUGGAAUGAAUCAUUGAAAGAUGGUAAAACAAUGGCCAAGUAAAAGUCAAUAAUUAUGGUUCCUGCAAACCUUUGUAUUGGCAACAAUUGUUUUCCACUUUUGGCAGAAGUUUCUAGAUUUAUCCAUGCUAAGUUUUUGUAAUUCUAAAGAGAAGUGAAAUAUUAGUAUUUGUUUUGUUACAAUUCUUCCAUGUGAUAUCUAGUUUUGGCAGGUGACUCUAAUUGUAUUUCCAACUUUGAGUAUUCAAUUUUGAAUUUUUAUUGAAAUCUUUGUCUGAGGUGAGAAAGUUAAAGAAAAUGGGGUUGAUAGUUGUAUCUUAA